AAAACCUAUACACUUACAUCUAAUGAUUACUUCACUUUAGAUGUACAAACUCAAACUGAUAAGACUAUCUUCGCCGAGUUAGUGCUUCAGAAGGUUUUGGACAGAGAGAAGACUCCGCGGCUUGAGUUCACAGUGACUGCGGUUGAUGGCGGAUCGCCUGCCAGGACAGGAAUCGUAGUGAUCGAAGUUAAUGUGAUAGACACAAAUGACAACGCUCCAGUUUUUAUUAAAUCAUUAUAUAAAGUCUCCAUAGCAGAGCACGCGCCAAUUGGCACCACAGUAACUAGACUACAGGCUCGAGAUCUAGAUGAAGGAUUGAAUGCGGAGAUAAUUUACUCCUUUAUCAAUCGAACACCCCAAAAUAUUUUGGAGAUGUUUGAAAUUGAGGCGCAAAGUGGAGAUGUCAGAAUUAAGGGUGAUAUUGAUUAUGAGGAGAAGGCAGCUUUUGAAAUCAGAGUUCAAGCCACCGAUAAAGGUCCAGUGACUAUGUCAGGUCAUACUAAGCUUUUAAUAGAGGUCCUAGACAUUAAUGAUAACCCCCCAGAUGUGACUGUAACAUCACUUCUUAGCCCGGUAGAGGAAAACGCGGGAAAGGGAACAGUAAUUGCCCUAGUGAUGGUAUCAGAUCCAGACUCAGGUAAAAACGGAGCAGUACGCGUUCGCCUUGCCAGCUCCAGUCCAUUUAAAUUACAGUCAUCCUUUCAGAACUACUAUUCAUUAGCUUUAGAUGGCGUGCUGGAUCGGGAAAACGUUACAGAGUAUAGCAUCACAGUCAUUGCUGAAGACGAAGGGUCACCGCCAAUGUCCAGAGCUAAAGUAAUACAAGUGCAGGUCUCUGAUGUGAAUGACAAUGCGCCUCGCUUCCCAAAUUCUGUAGUUUAUGCAUAUCUGCCCGAAAACAGCAAAUUGGGCUCCAUUAUAUCCACAGUGAGGGCCUCUGAUGCUGAUAUCAUGGAAAAUGCACAAAUAACAUACUCUUUACUGCAAAGCUCUGUCACUGGUAGUCCUGUUUCAGCGCUCUUUAAAGUAAACUCAUUGACGGGAGAGAUCGAGAGCAUGAAGUCAUUUAACUAUGAAGAUAUAAAAACGUUUGAGUUUAAAGUUCAGGCCACAGACUCUGGUGUUCCUCCGCUCAGCAGUAACGUGACUGUAAAUGUUUUUAUCCUGGAUGAGAAUGACAACAGUCCCGGGAUUCUCGCGCCCUAUUCCGAGCUCGGUUCCGUUAACACCGAGAACAUUCCCUAUUCUGCUGAUGUGGGCUACUUUGUGGCCAAGAUCAGGGCUGUAGAUGCAGAUUCUGGUUACAAUGCGCUGCUGUCUUACCACAUCUCUGAACCCAAAGGAAACAAUCUGUUCCGAAUCGGAACCAGCAGCGGUGAGAUCAGGACUAAGAGGAGAAUGAGUGACAAUGACCUGAAAACUCACCCGCUGGUCAUUUUGGUUUGUGAUAACGGAGAGCCCUCACUGUCAGCGACUGUGUCUAUUGAUGUUGUGGUUGUUGAAAGCGCAGGUGACGACAAGACCACAUUCAGACACGCGCCGAUAAAAGAGGAGAGUUUCUCGGAUUUAAAUCUGUAUUUGCUGAUCGCCAUUGUGUGCGUGUCCGUCAUCUUUUUACUGAGUCUCAUCAGUUUGAUGGCUGUGAAAUGCCACAGGACAGACAGGAGUUUGGGCAGGUACAGCGCCCCGAUGGUCACCACACACCCUGACGGGAGCUGGUCUUACUCCAAAUCUGCUCAGCAGUAUGACGUGUGUUUUAACUCGGACACACUGAAGAGUGACGUGGUGGUGUUCCCUGCGCCAUUUCCGCCUGCAGAUGCAGAACUGAUCAGUAUUAAUGGAGGAGACACUUUUACCAGAACACAAACACUCCCUAAUAAAGAAAAGAUGCAAUUGUCAAAUGCGUAA